GCUGGUAUACCCUGGCAGCAGAGAUGGAAAUUGAACUAGCGAAGGACCGUAGCAGAAGGCAGCGCACUGGAAGACCUUACCCGGCCCAUUCUCCUGGGUGGCCCUCAAGGGACACGCCUAGACCAGAGGGAGGGGGACAACGAUCGACUGCGUGCUACAGAUGCGGAAAAGAGGGCCAUCGGGCAGCCGACUGUCGAGUGAAGUUGGUUCCAAGCACGACCCCUGGUGGUGGGAAGGAAGCAGUGAAACCAACUGCUAAGGCGCGAAAACCGGCAAAAGUGGAGGACGGCAUUGCCAAGAAGGGCACGCCCAUCCAAGAGGACCGCGAAGCGUCGACCGACACUGAUGACAGCAAAACCACAUCGGAGUCCGACGAAGACUUUCUGGACUGACGUCCUUGUUGCAGGAGGGCCGAAUGUCAGCCUCCACUCCACUCUUCAUUUACUUUUAAAUGAUUAUAUCAGUAGAUAGAAUGUAAAAUGUUUAUUUCUGUAUUAUAAACUUUUAGGAUCAUGAGGUGAAUCAUACCACCGUCCGGGGUAAGGGAAAGGAGCUUAUUAUUAGUGUCGGCUGACAUAACUGGGAGGAGGGGUGAUUAAUGAUUGAGUGUUAUCAGCGCGCGCUUUCCUAACCGACACUGCAUUCCUGAGUUGACUGACAUCCAGAGACUUGUGGAAGAAGAUUACCACGAGGGGCCGUGAAGGAGUUGGCAUUGGACCAGACCAGCCUGACCUCCUGGAGGAGGAGGGACAAUUGGGGGGAUAUGAUAUGUUUGCCAUAUUUUGUCUCAGUUCCAGCUUUGCUUGGCUGCUAACCAGACUGUAAAAGUAAAAGUACUUGUUUCCAAUCCAAAUGGAGUCAAGGUGAAUUCUUUCCUAUUUGCCGUCGGGGGUAGCCUGACAGCCUUCCUUUGCUUCUUUGCCAGCAUGAACGGCCUGUUACAGGCCAAAAUGGAGGGUCCCUGGGCCCGAUCUGCCCUCCCGCGCCUCUUCCAGGCCUUCCUAGGGCUCUCCUGGCCUCUUACAGGCUGAAAUAGAGGGUCACUGGGCCCAAUCCACCCUCCCCAACCCCAUUUCCCAUGGCUUUACUGUACUUACUUUUCAAAGAGCUACAAAAGAGGGUGAGCCACCUGGCAGAGAAGCCAAAGUCUUUUAUUCAGAAACCGGUGAAGCUGUAAGAAUGUGAGAUGUAAGGAAAACAGCUUUCCCCAUCUGAAUAAAAGACUUCAGCUUCUCUGCCAUGAGGGCCUGCAGAUUUAGUUUUUAUCCAGUCUGUGUUCUGACCUAGGCUCCCUUAACAAGCAGGAGGCAGGAAUUACUGGCAAAACCUCAUUCACAGUCAGCAAGGUUUUUUCAAACAAUUUUUCAAAGGACUAUUUCUCAACACACUUUUUCUCGUUUGGCAAGCUGCCAUGUAAAUUUGCAGUACAAGGCAAAACUUGGAACAGAGUCUCUCAGAGUCAUGGAAUGAACAAAUUGUUUCCUGCAAAAGCCCACUCCCUGUUUUUUCCUCUUUUAUUUCCUAUGGGGGGGGGGCAAUUAUUUCCAAGAUGUGGCCUUACUCCCAAGUCGACCAUGCUUUCUUAAUUGUUCUUGUCUUGUCUGGCAGCUCUGUGCAUGCACAUACUAGGAAUGGGCUCCAGCUGCUCCUCUGCCUCGCUGCUGUCUAUCUCCCUCUCUGCCUCCGAUGCAGAGCCCUUGUCCAAGCUUUCCCCAGCCCCCAGGAUUGUCCCAAGUUCCUCCCCAACCUCCUCACUUUCAGACUCUGCUGCCAGCUCUGCUGGCAGGCCACAAUAGUCUGGACAAGCUUAGCUUGGGCCCAGUCUGCUGGCUGCUGACUGGCUAGUUCAAAUGAGCAGCUUCAGGGAUUGAGGUGUGGCAGUCAAUCAGCAAGGGCCUUGCAGUUCAGCCCGAUGAGACAAAGGAAGCAACCUCCCCUUUGAUUGGCUGCUGUUGCUGCUACCUCAAGCAGGAGGCUGCUAUGGCCCAGUCCAGGCCUAGGCCUGCUGGCCAAAUGCCCCAGCCGAAGUCUUUUGCUCAGAAGCUGGUGAAAAUGUUUUUGUUAGCUUUCACGUUCUUACAGCUUCACCAUCAUCUGAAUAGAACACUUUGACUUCUCUGAAAGUGGGUCAGCCUCUUUUGGACCUCUGGAAAAGUAAGAUCUUCAAAAAGUAAGUAAUAAAAUAAAUGGCAUGAUUAACAUUUCCAUUAUUUUCAGUGGGAAGUAAAGGUAAUUUAAGUUAGCAUGAAUGUAACCUAUUAAGAUUAUGUUUAAAAAUAUAAAAGAACUAUAUGUUAAAAAUUUCUCUGAUCUGCAACUAAAUGUAUCAUUUUAGCAAUUUUUGACAUAAGAUUGCCAGAUUUAAAAAUUCUGAGUAUUUAAACAUUUCACGGAAAAGUCUUUUUAUAAUGCUACUAUCAAGCAUUGUACAUUAGGCUUGUCAAAUUUUUUGUUUCUGAUCAGAUUGCAUUUCACAAUGCUUCAAGUGUAUAAAGGCUUAUUUAGUUAUAUUAACAGAAUAGAUACCAGUAAAAAUUAUACAUUUACAGCAAAAAAAAAAGUAAGUAAUCCAUGGGAAAUGGCGUGGGGAGGAGUAAGUGGAAUCUGAGAUGCUAGCAAAGCAGGGCCAGUCUGUGGAGACCCAGGGGAGCAGGAUGGGGUGGGUGAAACAAUUGUGGGGACUCCAGGGGAGCAUGAGGUAUCUCAGUGGAUUGGGAGAGGCCUUGGAUGGUCUGCUCCAGCACUAGCUGGAGCACAUGCUGUUCCCCAGCCUGAGAUACCUUGUGUGAAUUUAAAGACCUGCACAUUCGAUGGUGAAAGCAGGGAGUGAUUACGUUCAUUUAACGUGAUUCAAUCAAAUGAAUCCCCAGGUUACAAAUCUAAUUGGCAG